AUGUUGUUCUAUUGCCAAGCCCUGAUUUUAGGUAUUGAAAAUGAAAUUUACAUUAUUGGAAAAUUAUGCCGUUCAUAUGUUGGCAUCAAUGAGGAGAUUAUGUGGGUUAGCAUUGGCAUGGGCAUAACCAUUGCCCUAUUGAUCACCAUUGCCCUGUGCUAUAUUGCACGCGAAAAAUGUCAAAAACGUCAACGAGAAUAUUAUGUGUCAGCAUAGCUGGCUUCAAAAUGUCAAUCCGAUUUGGCGACCAACAGUAUUACCGCAACACCCGCCACAACAACGAC